UAUUUUCUGGAAUCAUUUUCUUUUUAAAUUCUUAGUGGUUUUUUUUUACGUAUCACACUUCCUUUCAUUCAAUUAUCAGUGGCUAUGGGUUCCGUAAUGAAGGAACGUAUAAGCCAGAUAAAAGCCAUACUGUCCGAUUUGAAGGAUGGGAUGCUUUUGAAGGAAGAAACAGGGGAUUGGAGCAGCCAGGGAGCCAUCCAAAUGAGGAGCUGCUUGGGAAAGAUACUUCUGUUGAUCAGGGCCAUGAGGGAGAAGAUCGUGGAAGGCGACGAGUUCAGCGAUCAGGUCAGGGCCACUAACGCGGAAAUCUUGUCACGAUGCUACCAGCAAAUAAAGCGUCUGUAUUUGGUGCUGCCAUUGGGUGAGUCGGCAGGGAAGAUAAACAAGGCGGACCACAUCAUCUUUCAGGUGAACGUUGAAACGGUUAUUUUCGAGCUGGAGACUGUUCUCGGAGAAGCCCCAAUCAAGACUUUAGGGCAUAUAAACACGGACAAGGAAAGCACGGAAGCGAGUCCCUUGGACGAGUUGAAUGACUUGCGCCGGAAGUUGAUUAAUGCGGAAAUAAGGCGGGAACUGGAACUGAUAGGCCACAAGCUGAUGCUAUCGAAGGAGCGAACAUUUGUCCUCCAGGCGCGUAAGGAACAGCAUGCCGCGGAAUUAAGGCUCGCCGAGGAGCAGGAUCGCGUCAGGAAACUCAAGAAAAGUCUAUCGAAAUCUAAGCUCAAGCUAAAGGUCAUCAGCGAACAGAAUGAAGAACUAAUGGGUUACCAAAACCGAUGGAUUGAGCAGAGGGAACCGAAGGAAAAUCUGCAAGUUGAGCAAAGAAAAUGCAGAAUGUUCAGCCAAGGUCGAAAUUGCGUGAAUAUGUCAUCAAGACAAAAUCAAUCGGAGCAAGGAACUCUGAAAAAUCUAAAGCACCAGCUAGGGGAGUCCAAAGUUACUUUUGUGAACAACAAGACCACUAUGUCUGAUAUCAAAAAGGUAAUGGACGAACUUUGCUUCGAGAAGAGGAAGCUGCUGCUUGGGAUAAAAGGAGACAGCAAUUUCUUCACAAAUUCAGAAGUUAGUAAAAUGCGGCAUUUAAGGAAACAGACUCUGAACGUUAUCGACAAGCUCUUAAGGGCAUUUUUCUAUUACAACCGGCUUAAAUUCCCGGAAUGCAGCGUGAAGUGGAGUCAACUUUUGAAAUCCCUCCAGAGUAAUCUAAUUAUAGUUAGAGAAAGGUGGAAACGAACCUCUCUAAGGAACCAGCCAGCACCGGAAACCAAAGUGGCUUUCUCAGGUCCCACUCAGCAAAGGAGUGUGUGCAGUUUUAAAAAUGAAGGUCCCAGCUUCUUAAAGCAGCCGGUGAAGUACCCGCAGCUAUCGGAGUUUUUGUGGGACAAGAUAUACAAGUCCGGCACUGAGUCGACACCGUGUUUGGUACGUGAUUUGUCAAAGGAGAACCCUCAUGUGUCGGUCAAUAAGCGCACCUUAGAGUCAAGUACUUUGGCAUCCAACUUAUUCAGACCCACUUCGGUGCCCAAGUACCUGGGGAAAACCUUUGGCGAUCCGUCUCGAUCAGUGGCUUCAAUCCCAGUGAAUGGCCGCCCGUCCGUCGCUUCAGUUGCAUCUAACGUAUCAAAAACCAACUCGACACCGAAGCAUCUGGGGAAAACAUUCGGCGACCGACGUCUCAAGCUGCUCCGCUGGUGCAAACGGAUGGUCCAACCCUACGGCCUUCCCAUGUACGAGUUCAGCGAUUCGUGGACCAGCGGCCGAGCCCUGUGCGCCAUCAUCCAUUCCCAUCGCCCCGAGCUGAUUGAACAAGCUUACAUCCAGAAGAAGUCCCCCAAAGAGACCUUGACUUAUGGCGUGAAUAUUGCCCAAUCCCUGGGAGUUGGCAGCUCCGUCGAAUUCAUUGCCGAGUGCCUGAGAAAGCAUCCAAACUUCCAGAAGAUCGUCGAUUUCGUGGAGGAGCUGCAAUGCUGCCUGCAAUCACCGGAUUAAGACAAAUAUUUUUUAUUUUUGGUACAAUAUAUUUU